AUGGAUUCAUCCUUGGAAAUUGCCAGAAACUUGCACGAAGAACGCGAGCGUUUGAUCGACUCAAUUGUCAAAGAAACAAUGGCCGAAAAAUUGACGCAUAAGGCGAAAAUCAAUAGUGAGCAAAGAGUCAAGCGAUUUUCCGAUGUAAGAUUUUCAUUUUAUUCAGGAUAUUGUGAUAAUGUUCCAUUCUAUUUUAGAGAUAUCACGAGAUUUCAAACGAACUCGUGAAAUUAUACAAAGAUGAGGAUGGCUCAAGAAGUAUGGAAAUGGACGCGGUUUCAGGGCCAAAUGAGUUUGCAGAAUUCUAUUCAAGGCUGAAGGUUAUAAAAGAUGCUCAUAGACGAAACCCUGAAGAGCUCGCCGAGCCGCUUUCCGUUGAAUUUCAAAAAAUCAAUGACGAAAUCGCGAAUCCCGAGCGAAACGAGCCAGAUAUGAUUGAAUUCAGCGAUGAAGAAGCGUAUGGAAGAUUUCUAGAUCUUCAUCUAGUUUAUGACAAAUUUGUGAAUCUGAAGAAUGUGAAACGGGUGGAUUAUAUGAGUUAUCUUUUGAAUUUCGAAAAAUUCACCGAAAUUCCCAAAGCGACCACAAAGAAAACGGGAGCUUAUAAAGAAUAUAUCACAAGUCUCAAGGAUUAUCUACUCUCGUUUUUCGGCAGAACCCGCCCACUUUAUGACCUGGAAGCUGAUUUUGCUGAGAUUAACGAGAGAAUUGAGAGACAGUAUAAUUCCGGAACACUUGUUGGAUGGGAAGCGGAAAAAUGCGCGGCUUCCGCUGCCGCAGUCGAUUUAUCGCCUUAUAAUAGUGCGGUGGAAUUGGAGGGAUUAGGGUUAGAUCGAUUGAAGGGAGCAUUAAUGGCUUUGGGAUUGAAGUGUGGUGGAACAUUGAGGGAAAGAGCUGAAAGAUUGUAUGCGACAAAAGGACACAAGUUAUCGGAUCUUGAAAAAGCUGCAAUGUCUUCGAAUAGUGCAGAUGCGCAGAAGCAGAAGUUGAGGAAUAUUGGGGUUGCGCAGAUGGAGGGACAUAUUAUUGCGUGAGUUUGUAGAAAUUUGAUUGUUUAGAGAUUCAUUGCUCAUGUUAGACGUAUCUUUUCGGGAAGAAAAUACAAAAAAUUAGCGUUUUUUUUGCAAAAAAGAAAAACGUUUUAUGAAGUUUUCCCCUGAAAAUCAUUCAGUUUCUUCUAGGUUUUCAGCUCAAAUUCCCAUUUUUCAGCAAUUUUGAGUCUAACUUUACCCCUGGCAUGCAGCGUAUGGACGUAACUUACCGCUUCGCGGAAGAUUCCGGCGCUUCGCGCAAAAUUGCGGUUUACACUCGCUUCGCUUGAAAAUAUAUGUUUUCUAGUAGUUUUCGACCCGCUUAUCACGAUUCCGUUGUCUAAAAUUGCAAAACUCAAUUCCUAAUAUGAGCUAUGACGUGGCAAAAUUGAAAAUUUCAAGAAAUUGGAACUUUAGUUUUGACCUCCCAUUUUCCAACUUUGCCACGUCAUAACUCAUACUAGGGCUGAUUCACGAGCGAAAAAAUGUUUAAAAAUGUUUUUUUAACAUCGAAAAAAUCGGUCAAAAUUAGUUUUCCAAGUUUUUCAGCCAAAAAUGAUGACAAAUCGAUAUUUUUCAAGCUUCUGGAGUAAUUUCUGAUUAAAAUUGACCUUGGAAUUCACUUUCCAGAAGGGUUUGCUGAUUUUUCGUAAAAUUGGGUUCUCAAAGCUUAUUUUCAUCAGAAAUUACUCCAGAAGCUUGAAAAAUAUCGAUUUGUCAUCAUUUUUGGCUGAAAAACUUGGAAAACUAAUUUUGACCGAUUUUUCGAUGUUAAAAAAACAUUUUUAAACAUUUUUUUCGUUCGUGAAUCAACCCUAGUAUGAGUUAUGACGUGGCAAAGUUGGAACUUUAGUAGGUCAAAACUACUCGGCCAAAAAACGACAUAGCUCGGGGCGACUCGCUACACAUUUUUUGAGACUCGUUUUGCAGCGAGUUGCCCCAAACGCGCCUCAAAAGUGGCGAGUGCCGGGCAACUCGCUACAAUUUUUGCCCAUUUUUUAAAUCAUGGUUUUUAUGCUUUUUUUCCGGGAUUUCACAGUGAUUCAUUGAUUAAAUGGCCGAUAUAAAUGUAGGGUAAUAAAGCUAUAAGUAGAUCUACUUUUGCUCCAUAGAUACAGUUUUUGAAAAAUGCUUCUGGACACCCUCCGAGAGAGUGGAUCGGGGCGAGAACGGGGCAAGUUGCUUCACGCUCGGGCGAGUCGCCCCAAGCUCGCCCAAAGAGCCUCGGGCCAGUCGCCCGAAACGUGUAGCGACUCCGCCCCGAUUGGUAGCGACCUCGCCGUUUUCUGCCCGAGUAAAGUUACAAUUUCUCGAAAUCUUCCCAUUUUGCCACGUCAUAACUCAUGUUAGGAGAUGAGUUCUGCAAUUUUAGACAACGGGAUUGUGAUCAGCGUGUCGAAAACUACUAGAAAACAUAUAUUUCAUCAAAAAUCUCGAUUUCAAGUUGAAACAGAAGGGUUGAUUAUAGGUUUUCGAGCGAAGCGAGUGUAAACCGCAAUUUUGCGCGGAGCGCUGGAAUCUUCCGCGUAGCGGUAAGUUACGUAUAACAUGAGUAGUGUUUCUCUGCGUCUCCGGAUUUUGAUCCCUAAAAUUCCAAAACAAAAAUUAAUUUCAGAAUGGCCGAUUUGCUAUCUGAAGAAAGAACGGCGACGCGAGAAAAUGUGGAGAGAAAACAGGCGAGAUCUGCUGGAGAAUUUGAAGAGGAAGAAGACGAGGAACCAAUUGUAAGCCUAGAUUUAAAUAUGUAUUUUGAUCCAAAAACAAAAACGUAUUUUUCGCAGGUUGAAGAAGAGGAAGAGGAGGACGAUGGCGCGCCUUAUAAUCCGAAAAAUUUGCCAUUGGGAUGGGAUGGAAAACCGAUUCCUUAUUGGUUGUACAAAUUGCACGGAUUGAAUUUGUCGUAUAGUUGUGAGAUUUGUGGAAAUCAGACUUAUAAAGGACCCAAAGCUUUUCAGAAGCAUUUUAAUGUGAGUUUUUUGGGGGGAAAUUGGAAAAAAGAGAAAUUUUGACAAUUUUCAAAAAUUUACUGUUUCACAAAUAUUUUUAUUUUUUGAAAUGAUGCAUUUUUUAAUAGUACAAUCUUGUCAAUGAUCUAAAUUAAAAUUCAAGUUUAAUUUUUCCACAAACCUAAUAUUUGAAAAGUUCACUGUUUCAAACAUUUGUUAAGUGAAAAUUGUCUUUUCGCAAUUACUUUUCGGCAUUCUGUUGGUUCUCCAAAAAAAAAAAACGUUUCUUAAUUAAAAUUUCAAUUUUUUUUAAUUUGAAAAAUUACUGUUUCAAAAUAUUUUGAUAAGUUUUUGAAUUUUGCUGAUGUUGUUUUUUUUAUGAUAUCAAUAUAAAAAUCAAGUUCAAUUUUUCCACAAACCAAAUGUUUGAAAAAAUUCACUGUUUCAAAUAUUUUUCAAGUAAAAUUGUAUUUUCGCAGUUACUGUUUGACACACGAUACUUCAAUACUUUGAUGGUCCAUUAUUCGAGCGAGUAGCUGUGGACAAUGGACCAUCAAAGUAUCGUGUUCUUCAAACAAAAAAACACUGAUUCUGUGAACUCACAAAAUUGUUUCUGAAUUCAAAUUUCAGUUUUUUUUACUCUGAAAAAUUACUGUGAAAAAUUUUGAUAAUUUUUUGAAAUGUUGAAUUUUUUAAAGCAACACCCUCGUAUAAUAGGCACUUUCUUGAAAAAAGCCCAAAUGUUCUCAAAUCUUAGAUUUAGCUUAGUUUUACUGUUUUCUAUUUCGGAGAAAAAAUUCAAAACGUUUGAAUAAGUAUUAGCCGAAAUAUGGAAGCCCAUUGAAAAAUUGAAAAAACUCAAAUUCAAACAACGCGGGCUAGUGUCAACGCGGAGUCUCGUUGUUUUCUUUUUAUUUUUUCGCAAAAUUUUUCCGUUUUUUUUUCGGAAAAUGACAAUUUGCAUGGAAAAAACUGUUUUCGGGGUAUGAAAAAAAUAAAUUAGAGAAGUAUAAACACAAAGAUUCAAUAUUUCAGACGAAAACUAAAUUUUUCAAUGGAAAUUGUGUUUUGUUUAGUUUUUGACCAGAAUAUGCAAUACGAAACUGAAAUAUCGUUGUCAAAAAUGAAAGUAGAGAUAGUUAAGGAUGUUCAGAAAUCAUUGUUAUGAAUUAUUUCAUUGUUUUCAGUGAAACAAUUCACUUUUUGUGGAAAAAAAGUUGCAAGGGGUACUGUAGCACACAAUUGUCGUCACAGUGUUUGCACAAUUUCAUGAAAUUGCGGAUCUGCACAAUCUGCAGGCGAUUUUCAAAAAAAAAAUAAUUUUUUUUCUCAAAAGUGGUCAAAUUUGAUCGUUUUUGAGUUUUUCUUUUUCAUAUUGCUUGUGAGCAUAGCUGGAUAGGUUAAUUUUAUAAAUUUUCGUGUUUGAAUGCAUUCCGCAAUGGCCUUAUUAUACGAGGGUGUUGCUUUAAUAGUAUGGAUUUUGUCAAUUAAAAAUCAAGUUCAAUUUUUCCAAAAACCGAAUUUUUGAAAAAAUUCACUUUUUCAAACAUUUUUCAAGUAAAAAUUGUCUUUUCGCAAUUACUUUUCGGCAUUCUGUUGGUUCUUCAAAAAAAAAAACGUUUCUAAAUUCAAAUUUCAGUUUGUUUUACUUUGAAAAAAAUUUACUGUUUCAAAAUUUUGAUAAUUUUUUUGAAUUUUUGAAUUUUUCUUUGUUUAUUCUCUCAACAUUGGUUGAAAUUAAAAAUCAAGUUCAAUUUUUUUCACAAACCGAAUUUUUUGAAAAAAUUCACUUUUUUCAAACAUUUUUCAAGUAAAAAUUGUCUUUUCGCAAUUACUUUUCGGCAUUCUAUUGGUCCUCCAAAAAAACAUUUUAUACUGAUUCUGUGAACUCACAAAAUUGUUUCUAAAUUCAGUUUUCAGUUUUUUUACUUUGAAAAAUUACUGUUUCAAAAUUUUGAUAAUUUUUUGAAAUGUUGAAUUUUUUCCAAUAAUAAUAGUGUAUUCAGAGUUAAAAAAUUUACUGUUUCAAACAUUUUUCAAGUAAAAAGUGCGGUCAAACGUUUUUGAUUUUUGAUAUGCCGAGAAUGAAUUUUUCAAAAAUUUGGGGUGAAAAUUAUUUUCACAAAGUUUUUUGACUGAACAUUUUGAUAAUAAAUUCUUAUAAAUUUUGGGGGAAUGAGACUGAUUCUAAAUUUUUUUUCCAGAAUUUUUUUUGAGUUCUAGGAAAACUUUUUAACAUAAAAAAUUCACUGUUUCAAAUAUUUUUCAAUUAAAAUUAUUUUCAUUAGAUAUUUUGAUGUCACAAGUUUGUUUAUCUGCUAAAAAUCUUUUUUUCAUUUUUUUUCUACGAAAAAUUCACUGUUUCAAAUAUUUUUCAAUCAAAAAUUUGUUAUCUAAUUUUUGAUACAUUAGCCAAUCUUAGCAAAACUAAAAAAAAAUAAAAAAAAAUAAUAUUCCAGGAAUGGCGUCAUUCACACGGAAUGCGUUGUUUGGGUGUCCCAAACACUGCUCAUUUUGCCAAUAUCACAAAAAUCAAAGACGCGUUGGAUUUGUGGAAUAAAAUGAAAGUGGAAAAAGAGCGCGGAAAAUGGAAUCCGGAUAUGGAUGAGGAAUAUGAGGAUUCGGCUGGAAAUGUUGUGACCAGAAAAAUGUAUGAGGAUUUGAAGCGACAGGGAUUACUGUAG